AUGGAAGGUUGCAGUGGACUUUUGAGAGUCCCACUUCACCCUGACAGCAGGACAUUCCAUAGGGUUGGUGCAUCACUCUACCUUUCUCCAGAAUCCAAAACACUGUGUCAAAGGUGGAAUUGUCUUAACCAGAUAGUUACCGAACUUGGAUUCUCUGAUAUUGGUUCUAAUGCCGAUUUACCUGAUGUGGGAUUUGAGGAUUUUUAUGACGCACCUAAAAUGAGGCAAGACUUACUGAACAGCAUCAGUGAUAUUCAUUGCAGGCAGGCUAGGCUCACCCGACCAUUUGGGGUUGUGGAAGAAGUAGCUUGCAAUCCCUCCACCGUUGGGAGAGGGAGGUGGUCGCUGCUCUAUGAAACCAGCCUCACAAGUCACAAACCCAGCCUAGGAAGGCACAGUGCUGUUCCAUCAAAUUAG